AUGAAGGAGAAGGCGGAGAGUGGCGGGGGAGUAGGAUACGUGAGAGCAGAUCAGAUAGAUUUAAAGAGUCUGGACGAGCAGCUGCAGAGACACUUAAGCAGAGCAUGGACGAUGGAGAAGAGGAAGAGUUUGAGUGAUGGCGAAGACAACGUAAAUAAUACCCGACAUAACCAGAACAGCUUCGGACAUCGACAGCUUGUGUUUCAGAGACCGCUUCUUGGUGGUGGAUAUAGCAACAACAACAACAACGACAUAAUUAGGUCGACGGAGGUUGGGAGGUCAAGAAGAGAGUGGGAGAUUGAUCCUUCUAAGCUUAUCGUAAAAAGUGUGAUUGCUCGAGGUACUUUUGGUACGGUUCACCGUGGAAUCUACGAUGGUCAAGAUGUCGCCGUGAAACUACUAGACUGGGGAGAAGAGGGUCACAGGUCAGACGCAGAGAUAGCUUCGCUUAGAGCUGCUUUCACUCAAGAAGUAGCUGUUUGGCAUAAGCUUGACCACCCCAAUGUUACCAAGUUCAUAGGAGCGGCGAUGGGGACAUCGGAGAUGAGCAUACAGACGGAAAACGGACACAUGGGAAUGCCGAAUAACGUAUGCUGCGUUGUGGUUGAGUAUUGCCCCGGCGGCGCACUCAAGUCAUUCCUCAUCAAAACUCGCCGCCGCAAACUCGCCUUCAAAGUCGUUAUCCAACUCUCCCUUGAUCUUGCUCGCGGGUUGAGUUACUUGCACUCUCAGAAGAUUGUGCAUAGAGACGUGAAAACGGAGAACAUGCUUUUGGACAAGUCACGCAUCUUAAAGAUUGCAGAUUUCGGUGUGGCUCGCCUCGAGGCCUCCAACCCUAACGACAUGACCGGUGAGACCGGAACCUUGGGCUACAUGGCUCCCGAGGUGUUAAAUGGGAGUCCCUACAACAGAAAGUGCGAUGUGUAUAGCUUCGGGAUAUGUCUAUGGGAGAUUUACUGUUGCGACAUGCCUUAUCCUGACCUCAGCUUCUCAGAAGUCACCUCCGCCGUCGUCCGCCAGGUUUUUCAAUAUAACCUUUUUUCGUAGUUAUUUAUGAUUACGUAAAAGAGUAUAUGUAGAC